AGUCCCUAGCAACUCUGUGGCUUUCGAAAUCUCAGGGGGAAAGGCUGUUUAGUCAGCUGAUAGUGGAGGAGAACGCCUAUGCCCCAGGAAGAGAAGGCCCUCCAGAUGGACACCCCACCCUCUGAAGAACCCUUAGAUAAGCAAAGCGAAAAACUGGAAAACCAGGAAGAGGAGAUGGAGUUUAAGGAACUGGACGGUCUGAGGGAAGCCUUGGCAAACCUCCGGGGACUGUCUGAGGAGGAGAAGAGUGAGAAGGCGUUGCUUUGCUCCCGCAUCCAGGAGCAGUCCCAGCUCAUCUGCAUCCUGAAGCGGAGGUCAGACAAGGCCUUGGAACGCUGCCAGAUCCUGGAGAUGCUCAACACAGAGCUGGAGGAGAAGAGGAUGCUGGAGGCCCAGAAGCUGAAGGCCAAGAAGGAGCAUGCCCAGAAGCUGGAGGAACGCUUUAUGACCCUGGCAGCUAACCACGAGUUGAUGAUCCGCUUCAAGGACGAACACAAGAGUCAGAACGUCAAGCUGAGAGAGGAGAACGAGAAGCUGAGGCUGGAGAAUGACAACCUCUUCAGCCAGGCUCUGAAGGACCAGGAGGCCAAAGUAUUGCAGCUCACUGCCCGGAGCGAGGUCCUCGCCAAGGAGCUGGAGACUCUGAAACAGAGGUGUGCUCAGGAUGCCUGCCAGGCACAGGCCCGAGAGAAGGAGCUGCUGGAGCUGCAGAACCAGCAAGCCCAGGCCCACACCAAGGAGACAGAGCAGCUGCGCAGCCAGCUGCAGAACCUCAAGCAGCAGCACCAGCAGGCCAUGGAGCAGAUGGCAAAGGCUGAGCUGGAGCACAGCAGCCUGAACCAGGAGCUGCAGGCCAAGCUGCAGACCGUCACUCGUGAGAAAGAGGAGCUGCUGCAGCUGUCAGUGGAGAGGGGCAAGGUGCUUCAGAACAAGCAAGCAGAGAUCCGCCAGCUUGAGGAGAAGUUGGAGAUGGCAGAUGCGGCCAGGAGGCAUGCGCUAGAGCGGUUUGAGCAAGAGGCAGUGGCUGUGGACAGUAAUUUGAGAGUCCGGGAGCUUCAGCGCAGGGUAGAUGGGAUCCAGAAGGCCUACGAUGAACUCAGGCUGCAGUCUGAAGCCUUCAAAAAGCACAGCCUGGAUCUUUUAAGCAAGGAGAGAGAACUCAAUGCCAAACUCCGCCAUCUCUUUCCGUAA